GUUAGUUUUUCCCUUAAUCUGCACCAAAACUCUGCAAAGUUCUUGAUAGAUAUAUUUGGUUAGAGUAAGAAGGCGGCAUCAAUCAUCAUAAUGUUGGUAGAGUUAAAAGACCGGCUUACCCAAGCCAUUCGGGAUAUGAAGAAUGCUACUGUUGUGGAUGAGAGCGUAGUGAAUGAAUGUCUCAAUGAGAUCACCCGGGCACUUCUUCGAGGUGAUGUGCCCUUUCAUUUAGUUAAGGAAUUGGUGAACAAUGUCAAGAAGAGUGCCAAUCUCAACAAUCUGCCAUCAGGGAUCAAUAAGCGCAAAAUUCUUGAAGAGAGCAUAUUUAGUGAGCUCUGCAACAUGUUAAAUCCGGGAAAACCAUCUUUUACCCCGCGAAAGGGGGAAACUAGUGUUGUGAUGUUUGUUGGUUUACAAGGAACUGGGAAGACCACCACGUGUGCCAAAUAUGCCUAUUAUCAUCAGAAGAAGGGAUGGAAACCAGCAUUGAUCUGUGCUGAUACAUUCAGAGAUGGUGCUCUUGACCAGUUAAAACAAGAUGCUGUGAAAGUAGAAAUACCCUAUUAUGGAAGUUCCACAGAGUCAGAUCCUACAGAAGUUGCUUUGGAAGGACUGAAACGGUUCAAGAAUGAAAACCGUGAUCUGAUCAUUAUUGAUACAAGUGGGCGUCACAAACAAGAGGUCGCACUUCUUGAAGAGAUGCGUCAACUGUAUGAGGCAACGAAACCAGAUCUCGUGGUGUUUCUGAUUGAUAGUAGCAUUGGUCAAGCAGCAUUUGAUCAAGCUCGAGCUUUCAAACAGAGUGUCUCUGUUGGAGGUGUGAUUGUCACUAAAUUUGAUGGUCAUGCUAAGGGAGGGGGUGCUAUCAGUGCUGUGGCAGCAACAAAAUGUCCUGUCAUAUUCAUAGGAAACGGAGAGCAGCUGGAUAAGUUUGAAGCUUUCGAUGCCAAGGCUUUUGUUUGUCGUCUCCUAGGUAAGCAUCAUCCAGCUGAGCUAGUGGACAGAUUUCGGGACUCCGUGUCUCUGGAUGAACAGGCUGACUUGUGCCAAAUGUUUACUGAUGGAGAAAACUUUACCUUCAAAAAGUAUCAGGCUGUUGUAAAGCACAAUUACAAGAUGGGUCCUUUAUUGUUAAGUCAAGUCCGGGAUUUGCAGCCAAAUGUCCAGGAAAAUGUGAAACCAGAACAAAUGAAGAAAUAUCUGAUCAUGAUGGAUUCACUAACGAGUGAAGAAUUAAACAGCUCAAACCCAAAGAUUAUGAAGGAAUCUCGGAUCAGGCGCAUAGCACAAGGCUCUGGUUGCCAUGUAGGAGAUGUUAUGAAGAUGUUGGAGCAUUACAAGCAACUCGCAAACAUGUGCACCAGAAGAAAAAUGGAUAAUAUGACUCGAAUGAUUUCAAGAGGCCGGAUGCCAUCAGGCGCUGGCAUGAGUGGUGAUCUCAUGAAUAUGUUCCGACAGCUGAGUUCAUCAGCAGGCAUGGCCAGAAUGCUUAGCGAAGCGAUUUAGGCAAAUCUUCCACAAUAUUUAAUGGUCCACCAAACCACAAUUGAGAAAGGAAGAGGACCAGACUAGAGUGGUAGUUGAAAAAUGAGUUAAUGGUGAUUGCAGACCAUUAAACGAGCAA